ACUGUCAUGCCCCAUGUCUUGCACAUGUGUAUAAAUAGCACAUGAUGAACUAAAGAUUUAGAAGGUUCUAGAAGGUUCAUUUAGAAGACCCCCAUAGUGUGCACAGGUUAUAUCUGCUCAUACACACAUCAAGGAACAAGACACAUAACAAAUCCAGCCAUGUUGCUGAUUUGGGUCGUGUUUGCCGGAACUCUCCCUCCUCCAACCAGCCAGAGUUGCUUCAAGGCCAACGAGUCUCAAUGUGACAAUGCGGACUUCGCUCCGGGAUCUGACCUGGCUGGAGAAGGCUUUGACAUCACCACCAUGCAACGGAAAGGGGCCUUUGUCCUUGACAUGAGCUCCUGGCUCCAAAAGGACAAGUCCUGCACUCUGUGUAAAAACCCCUACAUGGAAGGUCAAACGCAGAAGAUCCCGGUUUCUGUGGUGGACUGGAGACCGAGUCAGAAGUGCAGCAUGAAGUUGUCCAGCUCUGUCUACCAGUCCAGCGAGGCCCUGGUCAGCGCCAGCACCUCCUCUAUCAAGAACAACUGGAAGUUAGGCUUGCAUAUAACCAUUCCCAAAGUCCAGGGAUCACUGAUACUGGCAGGCAGUAACUCCAACUUGGCAGGGUAUUCGAUGGGGAAAACCAAAAAAGACAAGUUCAGCUUCACCAGCCAUGAUGUCAAAUGUGAUUAUUACAGAUACAGGGUUUCAGGCAGUCCACUCCUGCACCAAGAGCUAAUCAAUGAAUUUGGACGUCUGCCUGAGAUAUACAAUGAGUCAACAAAGCACCUCUACUACAAGCUGAUUGACAAGUUUGGUACUCAUUAUAUCUCAAAGGUGACUCUGGGUGGAGCGGUUCGCUCUGUGACCAGCAUCAAGGAGUGUGAGGCGUCCCUGCAGGGUCUGAGCGCGGACGAGGUGAAGAUGUGUCUGGACGUGGAGGCUUCUGUCAGUAUGGGAAUAGCUGCAAAUCUGAAGGCCGAGGCUCAUCACUGCAAGCAGGCCAAGGACAAGGCUCUGAGCAAAAAGAGCUUUUCUAGCAUCUUCAGUGACAGGGAAACAAAUGUGAUUGGUGGCCACACUCAGAGUGUCGACCUCCUUUUCUCAUCAAAUAAUGACCCAAGGGGCUAUAAGGAGUGGGUCUCAUCUCUGCCUGCUCACCCUGAUGUGCUUUCCUACUCACUCGAGCCCCUUCACGAGCUGCUACCGGUAAAGGAACCAAUCCGAGAGCAUCUGUACACUGCCAUCAAGGACUACAUCCUCCAGAGGGCUCUGUUGAAAAACUGCACAAGCCCAUGUAAGAUCGGUGUGAAGACCAACCCCAAGGAACCGUGCAGCUGCAGCUGCCACAACAACCCAGGUGUGGCCCUCAACUGCUGCCCAACUCAGAGAGGAUUUGCUCAGAUCACUGUAACUGUGAUUAAAGCCACAGGUUUAUGUGGAGAUUACUUAACUGAGACAGAUGGAUUCGUCAAGAUCCUCCUCAAUGGAAAGAUUAGUUUUGGCCAGACGUCUGUGAUAAAGAAUGAUAACUCACCCAAGUGGGACUGGGAUUUCCAUCUUGGAACUGUGGCUCUUACCCAUUUCAGCAGUGUGAAGCUGGAGGUGUGGGACAAGGACAGUAAUUCAAAUGAUGACUUUCUUGGGGAAUGCAGCAUCUCAUUGAAAUCUGGAGUUGAGACAAAUGUCUGUGCACUCAAUCACGGAGAACUCUAUUAUAAAGUGGAGGUGAAGUGUUUUCACGGUUUGGCUGGUUCUUCAUGCAUGGAGUACAAGCCCUCUCCCAUGGAGGCACAGCUGGAGAAAGUGUACGUCUCCCGGAACGCUCGCCCGAUUCCCAGAGGCAUGCUGCUGGAGAUGGGAGUGCUCCUCGAUGAGCGUAUUCCCCGCUUCAACCAGAGCAACAUUCGCAAAGCUAAAGGUCUUGAGUUGUAGACCAGUCGUGUUCUUUGUGCAUACUCACGCCAGUUAUCAUGCUGUUUGAAGUAGAAUAGGUGCACAUAUUACUGAUGCCUUUUAUAAUAUUGCUGCAUUUUGACUUUUUGAAAGUUUAAUAAAAGUCUCAUGAAGCAAAAUAUUUCUACCAUUGUGUAGUUUGUAAAUUGCAUAUUGAUGCCAUUUAUUUCCAUAUAUUUGAAUAUUUGCACAUAAUAUUG